UUCACUUCGAAUGAUAUUUCUUUUAUGGCAGCUUCAAUUUCUACGAAUACGUCAAGUGAAGAACAAGCUGAAACUGCGUCAGUAGGUUCCUACAGUGUCCUCCUUGCUUCAUGUGUGGAGAUCUUGUUAUGUUUGUUCGGAACUGUCGGCAACUCCCUCACUAUCGCUGUGAUCUGUAAGAGCAAAUCACUUCAGGUUGUUUCGAACUUCCUCCUGGCAUCCCUCGCCUUUGCCGAUCUCUUAGUAAGCGCUGUUCUCGUACCCAUGCGAGCAUCACAACAUAUGGCCAUGUAUCGCGGAACAACAGUGCCUACGAUGGUGAUCGAAAUCGCUGGGUUUAUUGGUCGUGUGAAUAUUAUUGCAUCAAUAUCUAGCCUGGCUGCAAUGAGUAUCGACCGAUACGUCGCCUUGUCGCACCCGAUAUUUUAUCUUUCAUCGGUGAAGUUUGCAAAGGGACAAGUUUCUUUAGCGAUUACAUUGAUCUGGAUAGUGGCGUUAAUUGUAACGUUUCUUCCUAAAUUUCCAGGCGUUAGUGACAAACCCUUCCUCGCGUUCUUCGUUGGGUUUGUGCUUCUAGUCACCUUAAUCAUCGCGGUAACCUACUAUAAGAUUUUCAAGAUUGCUAGCAAGGCGAUCAGAGAACGUCGCACUAACAGUCGUUUCGCGAGUAAAGUUGUACGUCUUUCGUUCGUUGCGGCCCUUGAACCCAAACUCUGUCACUACGUCGAUAAACAACAGACAGACAGGGAUGCCCGUGUUCAGAAAGGAGAGCGCAAAGCUGCAGGUACGAUCGCUUUUGUGAUUGGAGCGUUCAUAAUUUUGGUGUACCCUCGCAUAAUUCUGAUCCUCUACCACUUUGCCACUCCUGAGACGACUAAGAGCAAAGAAGCUCGUUUUUGGAUUCGUAUUUUAUUGUACAGUAACUCUGUAGUGAAUCCUCCUUUAUACGCGUGGAGACACAACGAAUUUAAGAGAAAAUUUAAGAAGUUUUUUCUCAAGUGCUGGCGAUGUUGCCUCUGUCAAAAGUUGAAAGUAUUGAGAAAAUCCUCUUCAAACAAGACGUUUUCAACGCAUUCUCUCCCACGAAACGAGGCACAUGCUGGAAGUGACGAAAACGAACAGAACACAUAUUCAGUGGAAGAGGUGAAUCACAAAUUGUAGAAGAUUCCAUGGAAGCUGUAUCAAUGGUCACCAAAAUUUUUCACACGUUUUUUUGUUUUUAGGAUAAUAGCAACUUUAACAGCCUCGUCACACGGAGUGAAUCAACCAUUAUUAAUUUUCCGGCUGUGUAAACAAUAAUUCAAUUCGUUAUGUUUGUAUGUCUCGCCUUCUGGAUACUCGGCUUUGUCAUGUGUAUUUAUUUUGAAGAAAACUGCGUCAUUAAGUUUAACAACUCGUCUCUAAAGGAAAUACAAGCGCACGAUAACCAACUUGGAAAUUCACUGUCGACCACAUUAACGUUUUUCAGAACUAAGUGGCUCGGUCUUCACAAACUUGGUUCUUUUCUAAAAUUCCAUGUACAUUGCUCUUUUUUUUUGCAAAUUUUCUCAUUGAAUGACCUGAAAUUAAAAUUCAAGACCAUUUA